UAGGUUGCGUGCAGGAAGAGUACACGGCGUCGUGACUGUCCCAAAAAAAAUUAUAAAGGUUAACGAAUUUUUGCAUGCCAUUUAAAGUUUUAUUUGUCGAGCUUUUAGGGCGAUGUGCCCUAGUUGGAGCAAUUUUCUCCACAUUAUUUUAUUCUCCUUAUGAUCCGUAUAUACCUGCCGAUAUAGCUUACAAAUAUUCGUAUCCAUUUGCUUUUAAAAAUACAAUUUCUUUUAGUAAACUCAUCUUUAUCACGUGUAUUGCUGUGAUACUUGUUCCUUUGAUUAUAUGGCUUCUUUUCGGCAAUUUUUUUCGCCGCAAUAUCGAUAUAACAAAUUAUCUUUUAGCUUUAUCUCUUACAUUAUUAACUACCAAUCUUUUAGUUGAAAUAUUAAAAAUAGCAAUCAGCAGACCUAGGCCUGACUUUCUUCAACGUUGUUUCGGGAGCAGUACCAUAGAUUUAACAUCAUGGUCUCCUUAUCCGAAAUGUAUUGAAACUUCCCCUGAAUUAAAUCUUAAAGAUGGUUUAAAAGCAUUCCCCAGUGGUCACAGUGCUCUUGCAUGGACAGUGGCUGUGUUUCUUUUUCUUUAUAUUUACGAAAAGAAAAAGUUUAUUGAAGAAAAUAAUUUGUUUGUAUCGCCAAUUCCAUCGAUCGUUAUCUUCAUUUCUGGACUUAUUUUAAGUUUAGGUGCUGCUUAUAUAAGCUCUUCCCGUUUACGCGAUCACAGACAUCAUCCAGAAGACGUUAUUGCCGGUACUACUAUUGGCUGUCUCGUCGCCAUAGUAUCGUUUUAUAUCUAUUAUCCUGUUCCUCCUGAAAAGCUUAUGAAACAUGUUUCUUCUGAGCAUGUGUACGAUGGAUACCUUGAUCAGUCUUCUGAUUUGUCUCAUUUACUAAACAGCAAAGGAAUGGUAGCCUAAAAAAAAAAAUUCAUGUCAAGUUAACGGUAAAAAAAAAAAAAAGGGUUUUUUUUAACAGAGGAAGCGUCCAUAUUUUCUUAUGAAAUACCAGGUUUUGCAUAGUUUAUAAAAAAUCAUUUGUUUAGGUGUCGUUCUUUUUUCUGCCGUUUAGUGUAUUUCAUCAAAUAUAUCCAAUUUAUUUGACGCAUGUAUACUUUUUUUUAAAAAAAGAUUGCUUCGAAUCGAAGAGUCUUUGUGAUUCUAAAUCGAGUGAAGGUUUUGUUUCGUUCCAUAUGAGUAGUGAACGACAAAAAAUUUUAGAAGCCUAAUUGUAUUUUCAAAUAAAUUCAAGCCUAAAAGCCAUUCGGAAAUAGAAUCAAUCUUUCAUUUAAGUCGAAGGAAAAAAGCGUACUGUACAAAGUGAAUAUCGUGUGAAAAGCGCGUGACAAUAAGAGUUAUCGUUUUCAUAAUUAAAUUGUUUUAAAACCAUUGUAAUUUUAUUUUUAAAAUGAAUUCUUCGUUUAAAAGUUAAUUUGUUAUACUAUUUUUAUUAUUCGAAAAUGAAUACACAACAAAUUUUGUUUAGAGAACACUUUUUUAAAAUAAGAAUUAUUUGUUUUGAUGCA